CCGAGGGCUGUCGCCAUGCCGACCGUAUCCCAGGCUCAUCGGAGGAUGCUGCUGGACUGCUGCUCCGUCCUGGACCAUCAGACACCUGAAGGUCUGUGCGGCUGCUGCUGGGCGCUACGCCCUCGCUACAAGAGACUGGUGGACAACAUCUUCCCAGAAGACCCCGAGGAUGGGCUGGUGAAAGCGAACAUGGAGAAGUUGACGUUCUUCGCUCUGUCGGCGCCGGAGAAACUGGAUCGAAUCGCUGCGUACCUGUCCGAGCGUCUGACCAGGGACCUGAACCGCCACCGCUACGGGUACGUGUGCAUCGCUCUGGAGGCGCUGGAGCAGCUGCUGUUAGCGUGUCACUGUCAGAGCAUCAACCUGCUGGUGGAGAGUUUCCUCCGGACUCUGCGUCUGCUGCUGGAGGCCGACAAGCCGCACCUGCACAUCCUGGCCACCAGCUCGUUCGUGAAGUUUGCGAACAUCGAGGAGGACACGCCCUCUUACCAUCGCAGCUACGACUUCUUCGUGUCCCGCUUCAGUCAGAUGUGUCACUCGCAGCACGAGGACGCCGCCACCCGGAGCGAGAUCCGCGUGUCGGGGAUCCGGGGGCUCCAGGGCGUGGUCAGGAAGACGGUGGACGACGAGCUGCAGGUGAACAUCUGGGAGCCUCGUCACAUGGAGCAGAUUGUCCCCGCCCUGCUGGUCAACCUGCAGCAGCACACACACCCCGACAGUGAGUCUCCAGCAGAGCAGACUGAAGUGUGUUUCAGGGAGCUGUUCAGUCGAGCUGCUUAUGGACACAUCAACAACGCAAUCAGACCUGUGCUCAUGCACCUGGACAGUCACAGUCUGUGGGAAGGACGAAGUUUUGCUGUUCGCUGUUUUCAGAUCAUCAUGUACUCCAUCCAGUCGCAGCACUCCCACCUGGUGAUCCAGCAGCUGCUGGGUCACCUGGACGCCAACAGCCGGAGUCCCGCCUCCGUCCGAGCCGGGAUCGUGGAGGUUCUGUCUGAGGCCGCCGUCAUCGAGGCCACGGGUUCUGUCGGUCCCGCGGUGCUGGAGGUCUUCAACACGCUGCUGCGGCAGCUCCGGCAGAGCGUGGACUAUCAGCUGACCGGUUACUAUGACAACACCGGCAAACACAAAACCACGUCCACGGAGGAGAAGACGCUGCAGGACGCCGUCAUCAAGACCAUCGGAUCCUUCGCCAACACACUUCCUGUCUACCAGAGGUCAGAGGUCAUGCUGUUCAUCAUGGGGAAGAUCCCUGUCCCUGGAAUCUACCCCGCCCUGGGGUCGCCCAACGCCGGGUUCGAAGGAAGCAGAAUGAUCCAAGUGAUGCUGCUGAAGUCGCUGCUGCAGGUGUCGGAGCGUUAUGAGAGCAGUAACCUGUUGAUGGCGCUGCCCUCCUCCUUCCUGGAGCCGCUGCUGUCCUUCCCUCUGAUGGAGGACCCGGACAUCCGUCUGCUGGUUCUCUCCAUCCUCACCUCGCUCAUAGACCGGCGCCACAACGCCGCCAGGCUCCACGCAGCCAGUGCGGUGCUGGACGUCUCGCUGCUGGAGCUGAAGGACUCGAGCUCUGGACAGGACGUCCUGUUCAUGAGGAAGCACGCUCAACGUCUCUACAGACACGUGUACUUGGCGUGUAAGGAGGAGAGCAGUGGGCGGGGCCACUACCAGGCUCUCUUCACCCUAUUGGCCGUCCUGAGUGUGGAACUGGCCAAUGAGGAGGUGGUGGUGGAUCUGAUCCGAUUGGUCCUCGCUCUGCAGGAGCUGGCGUUGUCCAAUCAGGAGUCCCUCUCUGUGUUCAACCGCUGUGGCGUUCAUGGCGUCUGCGCCGCCUUCCUCAGUCUGCUGUCACAGCUGGGCCCGCCCCUUCACCUGCACGUCACACAGGUGAUAGACAGUCGCCAUAGAGACGCUCCUCACCUGCUGCCUCAGCACGUCCUCGGUGACACACCCAGUCUACCAGAAGGUGACCUGAAGGUGGACGACACUCUUCUCUUCGUCCAAUCAAAGAUGUGUGAGGCUCUGACAGGAAGCAGCUACAGUUCACACGCUGAACGCAUCAACACACCGUACACACCUCAGCUGACAGAGGAGGAUCGACUCUCGAGGAGGAAAAGUGUCGGAGAUGUCGUCUCUCUCCAGAUGGACAUGGACGCUCAGUACUGUCCUGAUACACAGCAGAAACCUCAGAUGGAGCAGAUUACUUUUGAAACUCUUAAAAACGCCAUCGAGGACAGAGGGGGCGUGGAGGAGGAGGAGAGGAGGAAGAGGAGGGAGGUGGUGGAGAGGUUUCAGACGGCGCCGUUUGAGGAGAUCGCCGCCCACUGUGGAGCGAAGACGUCUUCUCUCCAGUCCAAGCUGGACCAGGUCUUUGAGAUGAUCAUCCGUCCUCCUCCGUCUCCGUCCGGCCACUCGCCGCCUCGCUCCACGCCGCUCUACGAGAUGAAGUUCCCCGACCUCUGCGUCUAUUAGACGCAAAGCUCUGGGUCCCUUCUUCAAAUAUGUGAAAUGAUUUAUAGUUGUAUUAAUUCAGUG